ACUAAUAGUAUUCGUUAUUCGUUGCCGUGUUUUUAUGUACAAAUUAUUUUUACUGUUUUGCAUUUAUUCAUCAUGCCUUGUUGUGUAGCCAUCGGUUGUUCAAACUCGGACAAAAAAGGAUAUUUGAUGAAACAUUUUCCCAGAGAUCCUAUUAGGAAAAAGCUUUGGGUGGCCAAAAUAAAAAAGGAAAAAUGGACACCAUCACAACACUCUUGUAUAUGUGAGGUGCAUUUUGAAGAAAAUAUAUGGGAGAAGAUUAGGGAAGAUGGAAGUCGCCGUUUAAAGUGUAAUGCUCUUCCAACAUUGUUUUCAUUUACAAAAGUUAUAAAAAAAAGAAAGCCCCCUUUGGAUACAUCUAAUGUUCCUUUAACAGAAAUAAAUAAUUUGUGUGCCAAUGAAAUUUCAACUGAUUCAAAAACCCUUUUAAAUAAUAAUUCUCACAUAUAA